UUGAAUUACAGCAGAAUGAUUUGUAUUAAAGUAGUCGACAUCUCACGAUCUUGUUAAACAGAUUUAGCAAACAAAUGCUCAGACAAAAUAGAAUGCCAACUGUUUCCGGAGUAACACAAUUGAGUCUUUACAAACAGGAAGCCGUAUUUUGUCAUUUCGAAAUGUAUUGAGCCAUUGAACGCCAAAUGCGAAUCAAAAGACUACAAAGUACAUGAUAGCUUUGAGAUGAUAACCAUUCUCACAAGUACGUUAUGUGGAGUCGUUCUUUUGUAUUAUUUAUCAAAGUUGGCUUGGAGAUUAUUAAUCUUAUGGCGAGCGAGAGAUCCCAUUUCAAAAUAUUCAAGAUUGCCUAUUCCUCCGGGUGAUUUUGGUCUGCCAGUUAUUGGAGAAACUCUGCUUUGGGCCGUCCAGGGUAGCCGUUUCAAUUCCACUAGGCGUGAGAAAUAUGGAAAAGCAUUUUCAACAAAUUUUAUUGGGAAAACGAUGGUAAAAGUAACUGGUCCCGAAUAUGUGAAGCAGAUAUUGACAGCCGACUACGACACAGUUACCACAAUUUGGCCGACAACUAUACAACGCGUACUCGGCGAAAGCUCAAUAGCGAACUCCGUGGGAAUAAUUCACAAGCAAAGACGAAAAACGUUUCUAAAAGCUUUCACACAUGCUGCCCUCAACAGUUAUAUUCAACAAAUGCACAAAUUAGCAAAGAAAAGGAUGAAAAUGUGGGCGGAAACACAAACAACGCCCCUUGUUUAUCCAGAGACGAAAGAAAUGACCUUUGAUAUCGCUUUCCAAGUCUUGCUUGGAAUGAAUUUCAAGAACGAAGAUGAAAGAUUGAAAUUAUUCAAAACCUUUGACACGAUGAUUACAAAUUUAUUUUCUCUUCCUUAUGAUUUUCCGGGUUCAGGAUUUAGAAAGGCAUUGGAAGCUAGGAAAGUAAUUCACAGUUUGCUCGACAGUCACUUGAAGGAAAAAAGAAAGAAGGUUCGAGAAAUGAUAGAUGAAGGUGAAGCGGCGGCUGAUUCUUCCGAUGAUGCAGUCAAGAACGCAUUGCAUUUCAUAUUAGAAUACGAAAUGACCCAACAUUCGAGAAAACUCAAGCGCGCAGAUGAGGAUAUUGGAGAGCACGUGAUUGAGGAAGAAGACGAAGACCGUAUGCUUUCUGACAUCGAACUGAAAGAAACAACAGUAGAAAUGUUGUUCGCAGGCUACCAAACAACGUCUAGCGUAUUGACAUCUGCAGUCAUAAAUUUCAUAAGAUCCCCGCACGUAUUCCAUAAGAUUGAAGACGAAUUACGCGAAUUUGGUCUCUUGUCCGACAAUGUUGACGACUUGGUUGGACAAGUUGGUACAACAAACAAUGAAACUCCUGUAACUGCACCUCCGGCGACAGAAAAUAUAUCGGUAAUAAUUGAUAAUACUAUACCGGUGCCUCGUGUUGCAUAUUUGGAAGGUAACUCUGGAUCAAGUGAAGAUACUUUGAACAAUAACUCUGGGUUAAAUAAUAAUCCUCUUAAGUUUGACGGUAGUCAGGGUGACGACGACAGAAACGGUCCUGAACUUACGUUGGAACUUCUUUCCAAGAUGUCUUAUUUAGAGCAAGUUAUGAAAGAGACGUUGAGAAUAAUGCCCCCGAUUUUGGGAGGAUACAGGAUGGCUUUGAAAACAUUUCAGCUUGGGAAAUAUCGAAUUCCCAAAGGUUGGACAAUAAUUUAUAACAUCAGAGAUACACAUGAAGCGGAAUGGAGCGAAGAUAUGGAAUUUAAUCCAGAUCGGUUUUCACCGGAAAAUUGGAAAGAGAGCAGAGAAUCACGAUUCAGGUGGAUACCGUUUGGUGGAGGAUCUCGAAUCUGUGUCGGAAAAGAGUUUGCGCGUCUUCAGUUCAAAAUAUUUGUAAUCGAACUCGUUCGAACUUUUCGAAAACUUGAGUUUGCUAAAGGAAAACCUCCUCCUAUGUUUGCGAUUCCGUUUUUGCAUCCGACUGACGGACUUCCAGUGAAACUAACAAGAAGAAAAUCUUCAACUACAAAUGAUAUUAACUGCGACGCAAAAAGCAAAAAACUGAAAUAAUGUUUCAUAUAAAUAUAAGUCAACAAAAAGAUUAUGGUCUACUUUAGCAAAAUGACAGCACUGGUAUUAUACCAUUCAUAUUAUUCUGGUCGAUAACGCUUCGUCGAUACCAGAGUUGGGACUGAGGUAUAGACCAAGUCUAAAAUAUAUUUCAUAUCGACUUGACAUAUUCAUAUCACAUUUUUGAAGUACAACUGUUAUGUAUUUUUACGAAAAUUGGAGAUUAGCGCCAAGCAAGUGCUAACAACGGCUAAAACUGAGCGAUUAUGAUUUCGCUAUGAUCUCUUAAUGUAGCUGCUGUAAUUGUGACGUAAUUAUAAUAGUCCAGAAUACAAUAUACAAUUGAUAGAACCCAAUAUUUUUAUACAUUUUUCUUUCAUUGUAGGUUAGGGGUGGCAUGGUAAUUACUAUUUACAGAAAAACUAAACGUGUCCAUUCGCGACCCGCCCAAAUGUGUAUAAAAAAAACGGCAAAGUAUUAUAAAAACGCUAACAAUGUACGUACCUCAAAUUAAUAUUUAAAAAUAAUUUAUAAAUAGGCGAACAUGAUGAAUUUUUUUUAUUCUAAACAACUGUUCUGAUUUUCAAAGCACAAUCCUCACAAUGAAAUAUUUCGUUUAUCGCGUAGAACUAUAUUUUUAUUAAUUUUAUUAUUUAAAAGAAGAUGUUUUGUGUGUCAACCUUUGUAAUAUUUCAAUUAUAAAAUAAUAUUGUUGAAUAAAUGUUUGUUGAACUUA